AUGGAUGCCAUCAAGGAACCAAAGGAUAUUGAGACCUCUACCGUCGGAUCGCUGCCUAAUGAACCCAAUUGUGAAGGGCAUGUUGUUUUGAUUCCCAAGCCCAGUAAUGACCCCCGCGACCCUCUGAACUGGUCCCUAAGGCGGAAGUAUCUCAUCGCGGCUGUACUAUGCUUGUCCGCGUUCGCUGGCGCUGUUGCGUCAAUGUCGGGUCAGCUUAAUCUUACACAGCAGGAGGAGCUCUAUAAUACAACGAAGAUUCAGGAGUCAUAUGCGUUCGGCCGCAUGGCUAGUGGUCCGUUCUUCUUCGCACCUAUAUCACACCUACUCGGCUGUAGCUCUACCAUCUUCUGGUGCAUUUCAUGUACGCUCAUCUGCCAAGUCUGGACAGCCCUCAUGACCCACUCCGACGACUAUGUCCCAUUCAUCACUUCGCGCGCCUUUGCCGGAUUAUUCGGUGCUAUACCUACACGUGGCCGAGCAUUCACCACGCUACACAUUUCGUUCUUAUUCGGUACAACCUCUGGUCCCACGUUCUCUGGCUUUGUCUCCGCCAACUCCUUCUUCCCAGUGGAGUUCUGGUGGACGGUUGGACUCCUCGGCUUUAAUCUUAUCUGCUGCUUCUGCCUCCUCGAAGAAACAGGAUUUGAUCGUGAGAGUCCCGAGAGAAAUUCCAAUAUCCCCAAGAAUCUCGUUGCGAACCGCUUCAAGACCUUCUUCUUCGGGCAGAGCGUCGUCUUGCCAAGCACCUGGAAAGAAACGGCCAAAGUUGCUGCCACCCCCUUCCUAAUUGGAAUCUGCCCCGUAACAAUACUCAUGGGUAUAUUCGCCCUCAUCUCAUUCGGCUAUAACGUCAGUGUUCACGCCCUAACUCCCGUCUGGCUCCAAAAGCCCGUCUCAGAAGGCGGCUACGGCUUCACACUUGAACAAAACGCGGCCUUUACAUUCUGCCAUUGGGUAGCUCUCAUUCUCGUGCAGGUUCACGGGCACUUUUUUAACGACAGAAUUCCACUCGCAUUAGCUCGGCGCUUCAACAACGGCAUCUGGAAAACAGAAUACCGGCUUCACGUCUUAUGGCUACCAAGUAUGAUACUUAACCCGAUCGGACUUGGUAUAUUCGGCGCAGCACUUCAGUAUCAUCUGAACUAUAUGGUUCUGGCGCUGGGCGUGUUUUUUGUGACCCUUGGCUCUAUGGCUAGCGUGCCUGUUACGGUUAAUUAUGCCGUUGAGUGCUUUUUGAAUCAUCCCGCUGAGGCUGGCAUUGUGAUUGGUUCUUAUCGGAUUAUCUACGGGCUGACUAUUAGCUUUUACGUUGAUGCUUGGGCUGCGGCUGUGACUAUGGGGUGGGUUUAUGGAUUGAUGGGCUUCUUUGCUCUGGUUUCGUUCUUUUUUGUGAUGCUGGUCAUGUGGCAAGGGCAUGCUAUUCGGGAUAUUCAGUUUGCUAGUCUGGGUCUGGCUUCUAGCGAGGAAGGUGAGAAGUUGCUGAAGUAG